AAUGUGGACUGCAGAAGGCCGGAAGCCACGACCAGAGACAGAGGAUUGUGGGAGGGGUGGAGGCCGAAUCCUGCGAGUAUCCCUGGAUGGCGUUCAUAACCAUUCUCAACAACAUCUGCGCCGGGGCCAUCUUGGACACCUCUCACGUGCUGACGGCGGCACAUUGUCUGUUGGAUAAAGACACAAAAAUGCAGGUUCGAACACAAGCCGUCCACGUGAGGGUUGGCUCCUCUUCGGUGUCGCUAGCCAAGGUCUAUGCGGUUGUUAACAUCAGCAUUCAUCCCCUGCACGAUCUGGACAACCACAUAAAUGACGCCGCCAUCUUGACAGUUGCCGGAAACAUGACUUUCUCUGACUGUCUGGGCCCCAUUUGUCUCCCAGAGAACGAGGCCGAGCCCCGAGACGCUGACAUCUGUGUGGUAGCAGGAUGGGGCACCACAAUCUACGGCGAGAAGGGAUUCAGACCCAACCUGCUGAAGGUGGAGCUGCCCAUAGUUGACCAGGACAAGUGUCAGGACCGGUACGGGCAGGAACUGGUCAACGAGAGGACCUUCUGUGCUGGCGACUACUACAGCGGGGGCAAGGACUCCUGUCAGGGGGACUCCGGUGCUCCGCUGAUGUGCAGACAUCGAGGCCGUUAUUCCGUGUAUGGCAUCGUCUCCACGGGCCGUAACUGUGCCAAGCCGCGCCUGCCUGGCAUCUACACCAGAGUGACACACCCUGACAUCUCAAGGUUUAUCAACGACACGGUUGGUCGAGGCUGA